GUUGUCUCUGCUACUUCUGACGAUAUUGGGAAUCUGUUAUAAACCCCCUCGACCACGCAGACAAUACCCAGACACUAAGGCGGGUUGGCCUGUUAGGACUUCUGCAGCUCCGCAAGUUUCGGCGCGAUGGCGCUUCGUUCCCCAGCAUUUCGGAACCUCCUCGGCUUUCAUACUUCGAUAUCGCCUGUCAAGCAUAUUCAAAGACGCUGGGCGCAGGUUCAUGAUGUCCGAUUUGUUGCGACACACCAGCCAAACAAUGUGCUGGCGAGAUACAAAGAUAAGCUCGAUCAGAAAGCGAAACAGGAAGGCCAUUCGUCUAUAUCUUCCCUAAAGGAAGCUUAUCAGGACAAAAUUCAAGCCGUGCGCGUAGCUGAUGCUCUGCAAUCGACACCUCCCCAGCCAAAUCCAACGCAACCUGUUCCACCCUCUUCCUCUCCUAGAUCCCGGACGACCCAGGCUUCCAGGGUCUCAAGUUCUCGUGGGAAAUCCGCCACACCAGGCAUUAAACCUCUGUCCGCAUACCUCGACAUCCAAAAAAUUCUCACCCUCCCACAAAAAGAAAUAGAAACCCUCUGGCGCCUAAGACACGCCCCGAACCCAAACUCAGUAUGCGCGACCAUUCCGCUGGAAACGUAUCACAGAAUCAUCAAAACCGCAAAACAGAAUCCCCAAUUUAUCUUACCUUUACCCCGAGAAAUCGAAACCCCCGCAGAAGACGCGAAUUCUAGCAAUGGCUCUUCUACCCAGACCGCCACAGCUGCGGAAAUGCACUUCCUCCAAUGGGGUUUUCACCCACCCUCGUCGACUCCAACCGCUACACCCACUUCCCCUGAUUUCCGAACUGAAAACACCCACACGUCCACCGUAAUAUUCACCCAUUUGGCGUCGUACAAGCUCCACGGAGCUUACUCACAGCCCCACACAAUAAUAACCCACCAUCUGGAUUUAGCUGAUGAAAAGGGGCUGGUACUCAUGAACGGCACAGUGGUGCCAGAUAGAGGCGUAAGCCUAGACGAGGCGAAAUUGUUGAUUAUGUGGCUGCAGCGGUUUUAUGACUGGGGUGUUGACGGAAGUCAGGGCGGCAGGAAGGGAGAGAUGUUGAGAAUGUUCAGUCGAGGAGAUGUGGAAGGAUUUAAAGUCGAGGACUUGGUCGAAGAGGUCGAAAGAGUUUAGUUAAUAGGGAGAUGAUGUGACUUGGUUGACCUAUUGUAUAUAUACGUUUUAGGCUGCAUAUUGGAGCCAGGAAUGAGCUCCUCGGGCUGGAUAUAAAAGAAACAGAUCCUAAAAGAUUAGUCAGGUUCUCACCUACCUGGCGCUUUACCGCUGCUCUUGA